GUUGUAAUUCUUCCUUUGAAGAAUACAUUAUCGGUUUGUACACUCUGAAAAAUAGCUCCUAUAAGUUUGGUCGAUGCUUUCUAUCACAAGCACUUGAAAGUGCUAUCUCUAAGGUCUCCAUGCUACACUUUACACAGUGCGCUUAAUUGGGGUAUUGCUGAUAUACAACAUUGUCAUUAUGGCACUGACAUUUCGUCGACGAUUCAUCCCACACUGUGAAGGAAAAAUUAGGAAAAACAAAUAAGUGUUUAAACAAUUUAUACCUAUCUAAAUGAGUAAACUUUCGACCAUAUUGCAGGAUAACGGUGAUAUUAUGGAAAUGAUUGCGCGAGAAGAUUUGAAUAUUUUAUGUGUUGGAAUAUGCUGUAUGGAUGUAAUUCAGGUGUGUGAUGUAUACCCAGAAGAGGACUCUGAUAUCAGAUCGAAGCAUGGGAGAUGGCAAAGAGGUGGCAAUCCUUCAAAUAACUGUACAAUAUUUUCUCUGAUGGGAGUUAAAUGUGAAUAUAUGGGCACUCUCAGUGAUUCCAUAAUGUCUAAUUUGCUCUUGGAUGAUUUUCAAAAGAGGAAGAUUGUGACAAAAAAUUGCAUCAUUCAUAAAGGAUGCGAGACACCAUUUUCGUCUGUUCUGCUGAGCUUGCAAAAUGGAACGCGCACCAUUGUCCAUUCCAAUCCAAAUCUUCCUGAAAUGACCUUCAGUGAUUUUUCCCAGUGCAAUUUGAGAGAAUACACUUGGAUACACUUUGAACCUCGCAAUCCCCCAGAAAUGCAACAAAUGAUGGUGGCUGUGCAUAAAUGGAAUGAAAAAGCGAUUACAACGAAGAAAAUUACGGUGUCUCUAGAAUUGGAGAAACCUGGAAAGCAUCCAGCAGAUUUGGCUGAGUUAGCUCACAUAGUUUUUUUAAGUCGUAUUUAUGCAGAAAAGGAAUUGCAAGCAAAAGACAUGACAAGUGCACUUACGUCACUGAGAAAGAGGCUUCAAAAUAAAUGUAAAAUCAUUUGUGCGUGGGGUUCUGAAGGAAGUGCUGCUAUGGAUGUCAACGGAAAAAUAUAUUGUGCCCCCUCGUUCCCGCCUGAAAAAGUGGUGGACUCUCUUGGAGCUGGUGAUACAUUUUGUGCCUCAACAAUUUAUGCUCUUGCACAUGGAAAGUCACUUUUUGCUGCGAUUCUCUAUGGAAAUAUGAUUGCUGGGGCGAAAGUGGGCUUCCAUGGUUACGAUGCAAUUGAAAAUAUCUACAAAGACAUAUAUUCAGCACUGCCGUUGUAAAGUAUGAGGAAUAAAAUACGACGAGGUUAAAUCGUAUUAUAACAAUGAA